CGUCGGACGUCGGACGUCGAGCGGAAGUGACGUGCAGGGGCCGCCGGAGGUGUCGUUGCUGCGUUGCGCGACUGGGCCUGAGAGUGGAGUGGGGCCUGCGACCGGGAACUUAGCGCGAUGUCGAUUGAAAUAGAGUCUUCCGAUGUGAUCCGUCUUAUCAUGCAGUACCUAAAGGAGAACAGUUUACAUCGGGCAUUAGCCACCUUACAGGAGGAGACUACUGUGUCUCUGAAUACCGUGGACAGCAUUGAGAGUUUUGUGGCUGACAUUAAUAGCGGCCACUGGGAUACUGUUCUACAAGCUAUACAGUCUCUGAAAUUGCCAGACAAAACCCUCAUUGACCUCUAUGAACAGGUUGUUUUGGAAUUGAUAGAGCUCCGUGAAUUGGGUGCUGCCAGAUCUCUCCUGAGACAGACUGACCCCAUGAUCAUGUUAAAGCAAACACAGCCAGAGCGGUAUAUCCAUCUGGAAAACCUCUUGGCCAGGUCUUACUUUGAUCCUCGAGAGGCAUACCCUGAUGGAAGUAGCAAAGAGAAGAGACGAGCAGCAAUUGCCCAGGCCUUAGCGGGGGAAGUCAGUGUGGUGCCUCCAUCUCGUCUCAUGGCAUUGCUGGGACAGGCAUUGAAGUGGCAACAACACCAGGGAUUGCUUCCUCCUGGUAUGACCAUAGAUUUGUUCCGAGGCAAAGCAGCUGUCAAAGACGUAGAAGAAGAAAAGUUUCCUACACAGCUGAGCAGGCACAUUAAGUUUGGUCAGAAAUCACAUGUGGAGUGUGCUCGAUUUUCUCCAGAUGGUCAGUAUCUGGUCACUGGGUCUGUUGAUGGAUUCAUUGAAGUAUGGAACUUUACAACUGGAAAAAUCAGGAAGGAUCUCAAGUACCAAGCCCAGGAUAACUUUAUGAUGAUGGAUGAUGCUGUCCUCUGCAUGUGCUUCAGCAGAGAUACAGAAAUGUUAGCAACUGGUGCCCAAGAUGGAAAAAUCAAGGUAUGGAAGAUUCAGAGUGGACAGUGUUUAAGGAGAUUUGAAAGGGCACACAGUAAAGGUGUCACCUGUCUAAGCUUUUCUAAGGAUAGCAGUCAGAUCCUUAGUGCCUCUUUUGACCAGACAAUUCGAAUUCAUGGUUUAAAAUCUGGAAAAACCCUGAAGGAAUUUCGUGGCCAUUCCUCCUUCGUUAAUGAAGCAACAUUCACACAAGAUGGACAUUAUAUUAUUAGUGCAUCCUCCGACGGCACUGUAAAGAUUUGGAACAUGAAGACCACAGAAUGUUCAAAUACCUUUAAAUCCUUGGGCAGCACUGCAGGGACAGACAUCACUGUCAACAGUGUGAUCUUGCUUCCUAAAAACCCAGAGCACUUUGUGGUUUGCAACAGAUCAAACACAGUGGUGAUCAUGAACAUGCAGGGACAGAUUGUCAGAAGCUUCAGCUCUGGAAAGAGAGAAGGUGGUGACUUUGUUUGCUGUGCCCUUUCUCCCCGUGGGGAAUGGAUCUACUGUGUAGGGGAGGACUUUGUGCUCUACUGUUUCAGCACAGUCACUGGCAAACUGGAGAGAACUUUGACAGUUCAUGAGAAGGAUGUAAUUGGUAUUGCACAUCACCCUCAUCAGAACUUGAUUGCUACUUACAGUGAAGAUGGACUCCUAAAACUCUGGAAGCCCUAAAUUUAACUUUUCUCUUUAACUACCCUGAGAGCAUGUACUUAAAUGGAGACAUAUUCAUGUGCUGCCCCCCACGCUUUUUUUUUUAAAGGCCAGCUUUCCUAAGCAGAUUGUCUGAAUUAGGCACAAGAGUAAUUUUGUGAAAAUUCAUGUAGUGGUUACCCUUUUUUAAAAUAUGUAAGGUAUUUGCUUAUCUGUUCCUAAUUGGGGCAGUCACUUAAUGUUCUCAGUAUCUUUUACCUGUAGAGUGAGAUACUGGUAUUUCUAGGAAAAAACUGUACUCCUUUGAUUAUUUGAAAUGCUGAUUAAAAUGGGCCUUCUACAGUAAAACUUAUUAACUAUCCCAAAUACAGUAGCUGUUCCAUUUUUUUUUUAAGAUGUUAAUAAACUUUACACCUUUCUGGAGGUUUUGUUCUUAAAUGUAAGUACUCGUCUAGUUAUGUUUACUUAGAGGCACAUUAUUAUCCCUGAAUCUUAAGUACAGCAGGAAGUCAACUCUUGGGUAGAAUGACUGAAUGUAAAAAGGUCAUGUGUUGAAUAGCAUCUUUAUUUCAUUGCCUUCACCCGUGCACUCCUUUUUCUUAGCUGUGCCUGCUCGUGUGUUGAGUCCAGAGAAUAUCCUCUCCAUCUCAUAGACAGAACUAGUUGUAGGAUCCACUAUGAUAAUUCCAUUUUGAGUAUCCUCUUUGUAUUUAAAGGAAGGUUUGGCAUUGAAAAUAUGCUGUUCUGAAAAAUUAGAAAAGCACCUGAAAUUUAGCGAAGUCUUUUUUGCUAUGUGCAUCAUUACCAGUUAAAGGAAAAAAAUUAAGCCAACAAAACCCUUGAAAAUAUUUUGUAUGUGGCUCUUUUCUGUUUCAACCAUUCAACCAAAGAUGUAUGGAGUGCCUGUGUUGAUGUGUGAAGGUACUGUGCUAGGUACCCAUUUCAAGAAAGUUAGGGCUUAUCUGUGUAGGCCUUUAUGUCUCCUUUUAAUUUUCCCAAUUACUAGGUACAAAAUUAGUGGGGAAGAUUUUGCAGUCUUACGAUGGUCCCUUAAAACACAGCCUCAUCAUGUAUUGGGGAUCAGCUAUACCUAGCACAUGGUACUGCUCAGUAUUUGCUGAAUAAUUCUUAACAGCACUAUGAAUUCCUUCUUUCCCACUCAUAUUCCCAAAACUUUUGUCCCUUUGCCACAAAACCUGCAGCUUUUCCACGGGAUGUCAUUUGCUGCUGUUCUGAGAGGUGAACAAUAGCCACAACUCUAUGUGAACAUAUCCUGUUCCUCCCCAAAGAAGCUUUCACUUAAGGUAAAAAAAAAAUAGCUUAUACUAAACAAAACAAAAACCUUAGGAAAAAGUUAGAAAAAAGUUCCUUUACAAAAUUGGGAGUUUUGAUUUAGCCUAUGGCCUCAAACUGGCAAUUACGAGAUGCAUAUUUUGUGCCAAGGCUCAUGGAGAGCAAGAAUCUAGUCAGCACCUCCUAGGAAUUUUUAUCAGACACCUCUACUCCUGUACCUAAUGUUGAGGAUGGCUUAAAAGACCAGUUUCUGUCAGAGGAUAGGGGAGAAAAAGCAGGUUAACAGGAUUAAGGUAUUGGGGUUAAGAGAAAAUCAGGGUUGUUUUUUUUUUUUUUUUGGAUAAUGGGAGGGGCAUUAUCUAGACCUACUGGGUUAGGAAAGGCUUCCUUGGAGGGAUUAACCAUAAAAGGAGCAUCAGGAGCUGAAGGGCAUGCCACACUAACCCAAGGGGUCCGUAUGCCCCUGGGCUAAGCAGCAAGGAACUGUGAGAAUGGGAUUGGCACCUGGGGUCUCACCCCUGCAGGAAGUGGCUGGCUGGCUGGAGGCAUCUACUGGAGCCACUGGGCUGCUGUUCAGUGUACAAAUUGACAGAGGCUAAUGGAGUGGAUAGCAGCUGGAUAGCCAUCAAUGGCCAUUUUCUGUUGGUUCUCAAGGAGCUGCUGUGCUGCAGCCCACCUAUUUAACUGAUACUCUCGAUACUCUUCUCCAGGACUUGAAACUCAAAAUACGUGGCAUUAAAGUUAACUCCAUGAAUUGUUCCCCCACUCACCUGUUGAAUUAAUGACUCUAGAACACCACCACCUAAUACCUCACAGCACAUUAUUAAAAAAUAACAUCUCAGGUACAAUUCAGUAUCUUCUCCAGGAAUUUAUUUUUCAACUUGCAUUACUACCAUUAAUAGCAUUUAUCAAGACGCUCCUUACUAUGUAAGCAGCCUUAAUUCUCAGAACCACUUUAAGAGCAGCAGCCUAUUCUGAUUCCCGUAAUACACAUUAGGAAACAGGUUUCCAGAGGUUCCAUACCUUGCUCCUGGAACUGAAAACCAGGUCGGAUUCCAAAGCUCACUUUCUUUACUCUUUUCCAAUCUAGAUGCUGUCAGUUUCUUCUCAGUCUUGAGGUUUGGGCAAAGAAUCCAUGGACUAUUUCUCCACAUUCUGUUAAUAACUUAUCUAAACUGAACACAGGCAGUGAGAUGAAUAGAAAGAAUACUGAAUUACAAGAACCUGGAUUCCAGUCUUUGCUGUCAUUUUUCACUUAGGACAGACAGAGCUGUGGUUCUGAGUGUUAACCUGGUAACUUGUUUGAGAGGCAGAUUUCUCAGGUCCUACCCUAGACCUACAGAAUCAGAAAGAGCAGCAGUGAGGCUCAGCAAGCAUGCUCACAUUUGAGAACCUGUAGACAUAGAGGGCAUUUUCAUUCACAAGUUGGGUGUUUUAAUUCUUGUUCUGUCAGUCCUCAAAGGUUGCUGAGAUAACCAGAUAGGUGGCAGAGGUACAAAAUUUCAGAAACCCUUCAGAGCGCACCUGUGUUGCUCUAGCAUGGUAGCAUUUUUCAUUUAGCGUGCUUUCAGAGCACGUGCUUCAUCUUCACACAUUAUUUCAGAAGACAGGAAAUUAUCAUACAUGGUAUAUGUCUAGGCUGGGAGGCUCCCUUGGCCUGAAACAAACUUGGCAAUAGCAAGGCCUGCCAUUAUUUGACCGUCUCCAGCCAUUUUAACAGUGGCAUUACUGUUCUAGGUGAUAAAUAUAACCAUGUCCCCAUGGUGGUGGCAUAGAACCUUGACUGUAUGUAACCAUCCUGUUGCUUAGGCUACACCCUGCUCAACUACACCAAAACUCCUAGAGAGUGAGACACAAGUCAUGUUUAAAGCUUCCCAGGUUAACUCCAAUUGUAGCCCAAGGUUGAGAGCCAGUACUAAAGGCGGAGAAAGAUCUCUCAUUUCACAAAAGAUGUGCCACCAUCUUCCACAAGGGCCCUUGUGGGACAUAAUCAGCUUCUAUUCUUACACUCUGCAAGUAUGAAUGGACAGGGGAAGCAUAACAAAGCGUUAGUGGUGGGGGCCAGGAACUACACUUACAUGGAUGCACUUGUAUUUCUAUAACAACCCUGGCUAGAAUUCCAAACAGGCAUUAUUUGUUUUUUAGUUUUUACAGACUACAAACUUGUCAGUUUCUGCCUCUCCAGGUUGUAACUAUUUUUUCUUCUAGUGAUUUCUAUUUUAAGUUUUUAACUGUAGUGAAACAAAAGUAAAGCAUGCUCAACCAUUUUUAAGUGUAUAAUUAAGUAGCAUUAAUGAUUAUUAAAAACUAUGUUGUGCAAACCAUCACUGUAUUUUCAAAACUUUAACCACCCCAAAC